AUGAAUUCUUUACCAAUUGCUCGAAUUGUUCAUCUUUCAAAAUGGCCAAAUACCAAUGGCUUUGGAUUUGUCCUGAAAGACUCCAAAUCAAAUGAAUAUCGCAUAGGAAAUGUGGAAGGAGGUCUACCAGCAGAAUCGGCAGGAGUAAUGGAAAAUGAUAUUGUGAUUGAAGUUAAUGGACGAACAAUAAAGGAUAUGAGCUAUUCUGAUGUCGUUAGCAUAAUCAAACAAUUUCCGGACAAAGUCUCCCUCAUGCUUCUUCAACCCUAUGAGAAGCAUAUAUUGCUCCGAAGAGGAGUAAAAAUAUCAUCGUCUACCUGCCCCGUUCAAACUAUCAAAGGACGAAAGAAUGCCGAUGCCACAACUGCUAUGAUUGGCCAAAAAAUGUCAGCUGAUACUAUAUCGAAGACUUUGAUCAAUUGUGAUCCUCAGACGGCCACCAACCUAAGCAAAGCACGUCUAGAUCUCCUUUCACCCCUCAUACCCUCCCGCAACAAGUAA